GCGGACCUCCGUGAGAGUACGCGCGUUGCUAGCUGCUCAAGGGAUUCUUUGGCUUUUUGCUUCUUUCGGCACUUCCAACCUCAUUCCUCAAUAUGAAGGCGCUGAGCCCGGUGCGCGGCUGCUACGAGGCGGUGUGCUGCCUGUCGGAACGCAGCCUGGCCAUCGCGCGGGGCCGCGGCAAGAGCCCGGCAGCUGAGGAGCCGCUGAGCCUGCUUGACGACAUGAACCACUGCUACUCGCGUCUGCGGGAACUGGUACCCGGAGUCCCGCGAGGCACUCAGCUUAGCCAGGUGGAAAUCCUGCAGCGCGUCAUCGACUACAUCCUCGACCUUCAGGUGGUCCUGGCCGAGCCCGCUCCUGGACCCCCAGACGGCCCGCAUCUUCCCAUCCAGACAGCCGAGCUUGCUCCGGAACUUGUGAUCUCCAACGACCAAAGGAGCUUCUGCCACUGACCUGGACGUCCUGGCGCCUCCAGAACGCAGGUGCUGGCGCCCGUUCCGCCUGGGACCCGGGACCCUCUACGGCCGGAAGCCCGAGGGCAUGGAUGGGCCCCAACCUCGCCCUGCCCACUUGACUUCCCCAAACCCCUGCCUCGAGGCUGGACCUGCGCCCGGGAGCGAAGGACUGUGAACUUGGGUGGCCUAAAGAGCCAGAGCUAGCUCUGGGCACCAGCUGGGCAACCUCCCCUAGCCCUCACCCCACCCCCAAGUUUAAAGACUGUCUUUCAGUGUGUGGAGGUGUAUGGGGGGCGGGGCUGGCUGCUCUCCAAACUCUGGCAAGGCAGCGGUAGAGCUGGUCUUCUGGUCUCCUUGGAGAAAGGCUCUGUUGCCCUGAUUAUGAACUCUAUAAUAGAGUAUUUAGCUUUUGUACCUUUUUUGCAGGAAGGUGACUUUCUGUAACCAUGCGAUGUAUAUUAAACUUUUUAUAAAAGUUAACAUUUUGCAUAAUAAACGGUUUUUAAACA